CUAACGAAUCGAUUUUGAAACACCAAAUAAAAAGCAACCACAACAAAUAAACAAGUAUGUUGCCCAACUCGAGACAAAAAUUCAAAACCGAUCCGAAUGACGUGGUGUCCUCCUUAUCGGCACUCUCAAUGCCGUCACUGACAUCGUUGAAACCGCAGUUACCGAUGACAAAGUCUUCAAUGGAAACACGCCGAAAAACACCCGCUGAAACCAUCAGCGAAACAAAACGAAUGCUCUCGAACGGUGUUCGAUUGGUAUCGACUCGUCGACCAAUUACACCACGUGAGCCACGGCGGCAGCUCUAUGGAAAAAUCUCGUUGGCCGAUCGACCACCCAGCUCAUUCAGUUUGAGUUAUUUGCAAGUGGAAAAUCGUGUUUUACCACCGAUCGGGACCACAUCUCAUGCAGCCAAACGAGGCUCAUUGAAUGGUAUACGAGAGCCACAGGCAAAAGCAGCAGACAUCAGAACGUUUGACAAUGAGUUGACAUCAAACACGGCUACACCUCAACACUACACUGAGUCGUGCUCAAUGGGAUACAAUGCGAAGGAUUUACGAGCAAAAAGUGAUAGUUGUAAUGAAUCCUAUGCAAAUACCUGCAUCGGCGAGGGAGGUGAUAACGGCUCGAACAUUGCAAUAAAUCUUAAUAUUGCUACGAAAACCAACCGCACCAAUAGCUGUCCGAAAUUACCAACACUUUUAACCGAUUCAAAAGCUGGGACUUCGUCUAAUUAUGCAUUCUCGGGUGAUACAUUUUCAGCAAAUGGUAUUCAACGUAGAAAGAGUCACGGUGGUGGUGGCAGUGACAACGGAACCUUUAAUAUUGACAUUCAAAAGAAUUUUGCGGCGGAGAUUGUCGAUAUUUUAGAAUAUGAUGGACAAAUUACCUUACCGCUGACUGAUGAAACCAAUCAAUCAUCAAUGAAAAAGCCGAUCAGUGAACAGAGACGCUUGUUGUUGCGCAGCAAUGAUCUGCUCGCCCAAUCGUCUACCGAAAUCCUUUUGGAUAUGCUGAAAUCGCAUUCCGGCAUUAAGGACUGUAGCGAAGAGACUAUUUUACAUAUAAAUGGGAUUCUAACCGAGCUAUACGGACGGGUUAAAGGAGUUCGCAACGAUUGGCGCGGUUCCAUAUUGUCUUCACUUUACGGUUUGGUUGAAUGUAACUCACCCCAGAUUCUGCUAUCCGUGGCACGCGUUGUACUUGUGUUGGAUGUCACUGGCAGCAACCUGACUGGAGCUUGUAAAUUAGUUUUUAAGGUUGCUAGAAAUGAGAAGAAUGACAAUUUAUUUGCGAAUAUUGAUGUGCCAGAGUUGCUAAUCGACGGACUGGGUAGAGCGAAUCCGAUUGACGAUCCUGAAGCUUGCAUUUAUGGGUAUGGUGCUGUACGCUUUUUAGCAAAUGCUUUGGUUUCGUCAUUGGUAACAAGUGGAAGUCGUAACUCGAAUUCAUCAUCAAAAGCACCAGCACCACCGCUGCCACUACCAGUAACAACAGCGAAAAAACACAAACCGUUGGCCUGUCGCUUGAUACAGCAUGGCGCCAAUCCGUUGAUGAUUUUACAUCUCCAAAUGAUUAACGAAGCGGGAGCGGCUGCAAAAUUGCCAACUCAGACUUUACACGCUCUAUAUCAGUUGAGCAGUGCCUUCCGUGUCCUAUCGAAAAUUAUUAUGUCGGAUCAUGGGUUACAGUUGAUACUUUUGGAAAACAAUAACAAAAAAAAUGGAAAUGGCUGCCGCAAUGGGGAUGCCGGUGCCGGUCAAAUCGCAUUGGCUGGGCCACAUUUGAUACGGGCGGCUGAAAUUUGCAUUAAUCAAGCGGAAGUGCAAUUGAGCAUAAUACGAACGCUGAGCAUUUUAUCAGAGCACGAAAGCUGUUGUGAUGGCAUGGUUAUGGCUGGUAUGGCACCCAGGCUGGGAAUUCUACUCGGACCAAUACUCGUCAAUGUAGCACCCAUCGAACAUCGAAAAAAGUAUGACCCGGAAAAUGUAAAUUCAACAUCAAACAAAUCACUGAGUCUGUUAAAUCGCAUCGGCUAUAUUCUGGGCAAUUUGAUGGCAAAAUGUGAAUCGGCUCGGCUACAAUUUUACAACAACGACGUUGCUAUGGAAUAUUUAUUAAAAUGUUCGGAAUAUUAUGCUAACGAAUCGGUGAUGUUAAGGCGUGAAACACGCGGUGGCUUGAAAAACACCGAUAAUGAAAUGUCAAAUGGUGGCGGCGGCAGCGGCGAUGUUGAAGCAAAUGACUGUCAGAUCGAUACAGUUACGGACGUUGUUAUUAAAUUGAUUCGCGUCAUAGCAAAUCUAAGCGUAAACGCUGAAGUCGGAUAUAAAUUAGCUAAUCAUCACCAAUUGGGUACGAUUUUGUUAACGCUCUUGAACACAAUCAACAAGCAUCGCCUAAACUUUAAUUCCGAAUUUGAAGAAUUGCUGUUGGCUACUCUUGGCGCAAUUCACAAUUUAUCAUUCUAUCAGCCGAAUGAGAUAGACGAUCAGCAGACGAAUGAAGAUGGUUCAAAGGAAAUAAAGCAUCCUGAAAGCAUGAUUAAACAAAUGGCAACAAUAAGUGCUGCAUUAUGUGCGAUAUAUCAAUGGGCACCUGAAACCAUACAAUCCGAAAUAGCACGUGUUCUGGGCAAUUUGACAAGGUCACUCGAUGCUCGUGUUGCCGUCCAUUCGGCCGGCGGUUUGCAAUUUCUCUUGAAGAAUCUGUCGUCCGAUGAUUGGGACAUUGUUGAGACUUCUUGUGGUGUUUUGGUCAAUAUGUUGAGCGACUGGGAACGACGGGCGCCAUUCCGUGAGCUACGUGGACCAUUGCUACUGCGAAAUGUUCUCCAACGGAGUGCAUUGAAGCAUGAUUGGCUUUUGGCCUUGAUUACUUGUCAAGCAAUGUGGAAUUACAUAAUUGAUGCGGGCAAUGCUGUCAGUGCGUUGGGCGAGGACGAAGCCGACUACAUAUCUGCUGACAUUCUCGAGUAUUUGGAUGAAGAGAAAUUAUUCGGCGGCAGCUCACCCGAUCCAGAAUGGGAGGAUUUUGCUAUCGUUGCUGCCGAUCUGCUUGAACGCAUUCAAUCCUCGUUGUCGUACAACAAUACACCAUAUGCCUCGUCUGAAGACGAUGCUGACGAUGCCAACGACGACGAAUUUGCCAAUUCGGAUGUUUUGAAAAUGUCAAAAACUGGCUUCAAAAUGUGGUUAGCUAACUCAUAAAUUCAAGUUGAAAUCAGAAAAUAUGUAAUUGCUCAAGCAAAUUUAUGAAAUUUAAUGGAAAUUUAAUGAAGAAAAGUUUCA